AGCAUGAGUACGCUGAAAAGAACACUACGAAAGAAACGUUUGAGCAGGAGAAAGGGCCACGCUGACAUACUUGAAGUUGCUCUGCUUAUUGAGGACAAAAUUAACUCAAAUGGAGGACAGUAUGGGUAUCGAUGGAUGCAUCUUCAUUGUCGUAAUCACGGGCUGAAUGUACCCCGUGAUAUCGUACAGAAUUUAAUGAAAAUCAUAGACCCUAUUGGCGUGGAACUACGUUUAACACGAAGAUUGAGAAGGCGUCAAUAUAACGGAAAAGGUCCAAAUUUCUUAUGGCAUAUUGACUCGUACGACAAACUAAAAAGGUAUGGGCUCUGCGUCAAUGGUUGCAUCGACGGAUUUUCAAGAUGCAUCAUGUGGCUAAAUGUGUUUACCACCAGCAGUGAUCCCAAGGUGAUCGCAGGCUACUACAUUGAAACGCUUCGUUCAAAAGGAGGUUGUCCUGUCUUGGUAAGAGGCGACAGGGGAACAGAAAAUACCAACGUUGCUCAGAUGCAAGAAUUUCUAUCAGAAAAACAAUCAUUCAUUUAUGGCAGAAGUACGGCAAACCAAAGAAUAGAAAUGUUUUGGAACUUUUUGCGGAGACAAUGUUGUCAGUUUUUGAUGGAUUCAUUGAGUUUUCCUGACGAUGAAGCACUUUUCGAUGGAUAUUUCAUUGAUAAGAAUCUAGUGCAGUUCUGUUUCCUUCAUCUUCUUCAGGCAGACCUUGACGAAAUGACCAAACUGUGAAACGCGCAUCAAAUCAGACCAACUA